UUACAGUUUUACAAUUGUGUGUAACAACAAGUUAUAGAAAAGGUUUUUGUGCAUUGUACGUGGGUGUGAAAAUUUAACAGGAUAUUCGUUUUUAAUUUUUUAAAUAAACUGUCAUUUUAAGUGUCAUUCGCCUGUUCACUAAAUGAAUUUGAACGCACCACAAAUCAGAUACCAAGAAGUAAGUCCAUUUCAAAUGAGUGAAGGAUUUACUCCCUCGCAAUCACGCAAUCACACAAUGGAGCCCGUCAAAACAGGACGUAUUUUUCUAGCAGCCGUAGCAGCCAAUUUAUCAGCCUUUGCUGUUGGUACAUGUUUGGGUUGGACCUCACCUGUUACCCCCAAAUUAAAAUCAAGUGAUACCUCUGAUUCACCUCUAGAUCAUCCUAUUGAUUCAACAGAUGAAGCAUGGAUUUCAUCAAUUGUCGCUUUGGGAGCCUUAGUAGCUCCAUUUGUCGCUGGUCCAUUGGCCGAUAAAAUCGGUCGCAAAUGGGUUCUGCUAUCCAGUUCGCUAUUUUUUGUGAUUGCCUAUGCGCUCAUGAUGGUCGGUGGAUCAGUGGCGGUUUUAUUGGUGGCUCGUCUGGUUCAAGGCUUUGGUGUGGGCUUUGUGAUGACAGUGCAGCCCAUGUAUGUGGGUGAGAUAGCCACGGACAGUGUGAGAGGUGCCACAGGCUCUCUAAUGCAAUUGUUCAUUGUGUCUGGCAUUUUGUAUGUGUAUUGCAUAGGUCCCUUUGUGUCCUAUCAAGCCUUGCAAUGGUGUUGCAUAGUUGUGCCCAUUGUUUUCGAUGCCUGCUUCUUUUUUAUGCCCGAAAGUCCCUACUAUCUGGCGGGUAAGGGUCGCAAAAUGGAGGCCUUAAAAUCUUUGCAAUUCCUGCGCGGACAAAGUGCUAGUGGUGCCCAGGAUGAGAUGGCGGGCAUACAGGCCAGUGUGGAAGAGUCCAUGGCCAACAAGGGCUCCGUUACCGACAUCAUCAAGAAUCCAGGCAAUCGCAAAGCUCUCUUCAUCUCUGCCGGUCUUUUGGUAUUCCAACAAUUCUCGGGUAUCAAUGUGGUGCUUUUCAAUUCCCAAUCGAUUUUCCAAAGUGCUGGCACAGAUUUGGAUCCCGCAGUGGCCACCAUCAUUAUUGGUGUGGUGCAAGUGGCCUCAUCGGGUUUGACACCCAUAAUAGCCGAUCGCAUGGGACGCAAAAUUAUACUUUUAAUCUCUUCGAGUGUUAUGACCGUGGGUUUGGCCGCUUUGGGCACCUUCUUCUACAUGAAGCUAAAGGUGGGCGAUGUCUCCAGUGUCCUAUGGUUGCCCGUGCCAGCCCUUGUGGUCUAUAACAUUGUCUACUGUGUGGGCUUUGGACCCCUACCCUGGGCCGUCAUGGGUGAGAUGUUCCCUGCCAAUGUUAAGUCCAUAGCCUCAUCCAUUGUGGCCUCUACCUGCUGGAUGUGUGGCUUUCUGGUCACCUAUUUCUAUCCCGCUCUGGAUGCCUUGGGCACCUACUAUGCCUUCUGGUUGUUUGGCAUCUUCUGUGUUGUGGCCUUCUUCUUUGUGCUGUUCGUAGUGAUGGAGACCAAGGGUCUGAGCUUGCAGGAGAUUCAAGACAAACUAAAUGGCAAAUAGAGUUGAGUAGACGAGGUAGAGAUGAUAUACUGCUGCGGCAUGGUCGCCAUAAAAUAAACAUUUUGUGAGAUAUCGAAAUAUAUAUUUUUUGAGUAUUUUACAAAUCAAGGACUAAACACAAGCACACUAUAGUAUUUUUAGAUAGAUUUUAGACUUGUAUAUCUAUUUUUUAUUAUGUAUGUACUUUAUUAUAUAUACAAAGUUGUUCUUAGUUAUUUAAGUAUACCAAUGAAUCACUAUAUAUAUACGAUUUAAUGUGAUAAGUAUGUGAGAAUAUUAUUAUAAUAAAAUAAACAGGAAAACCAAAAAUUAAAAAAAUUAAUAAGAAAACAAA